UAGUUGCUGUCGGCCCGGAAGAAGCCUCAGCGGCCCAGGGUCCCCUCCCGGCGCGCCCGCGUGGGUUCGUUCCCGUUUGUGUCCUGGUUUAUAUAUUGGCUGCAUUGGAUCUUUGUUGCUGCAUGGGGGCUUUUCUCUAGUUACGGAAAGGCUGGUGUCCUUUGUCACAGAAGGAAACGCACCUGGAGCUGGGAGCAGAAGCAGGGCCCCACACCAAGGAGGGGAACCAGCAGUUUUGUAGGUGCUUAAGGCUGGAGGGUCCAUCCAGUCCCUGCUAUUCCAUCUCGGCCAGAAGUGGAGAUCUCCACAAUUUUUUUAAAAAUUGAGCUGUGGUCUCCGUGGACCACAGGACCCGGGUGCUGGAAGGACCCAGGAGUCUGGAAGCCCUGUGAUGGCCCUGGAGAAACCAGCCCCCUCUGAGCCUCAGUUUCCUCAUCUGAAAGCAAGAGGAUUGGACCAAGUGCUUAAGGCCCGGCUGCUCUGACACCCCAGGACCCUUCUCACUUGGGGAAGAGAGCAGACCCCCUCACCUUUGCUGCUGGACAGAGCAGCCUCCGUAUCCUUUGGGGAGAAUAAUAUGGGUCAUCGCCAUGGCUGGGCUGAGAAGUAACAAGCAAGAGGGAGUCUGCCUGUUCUGGACUGUUUUGUCCCCAGUCUGCCUCUGCUAACAAUUGAAAUGAAAAUCAAGCCUGAGAGUUUGGGGUCUGGAGAUGAGGGAGGCGUCCUCAGAAACAGUCACCAGAAGAAGGGGAGGAGAGCCCCACAUUUGGGGGCCGUCCCUGUGCUGGUCCACCCACACACGUGGGCUGGGGACAGGACAUGCCCUCUUGGUCACUGUUCCCGGGUCUGACUCGCAGUGGCCACACUCACAGUGGCCCCCCUGACUGGACACUGAAUUCAGUCCCACACAAGCCUGGAAUCCAGAACUUCUGGUCGGCAAAUGCAUUCUCUGUUUAAUCAAGAAAAGUGGAUCCCUGGACCUGGCCACCGCCACGCUGAGCCAGUGCUCUGGAAAGAGGUGUUAGGUUUGCAGCCACAGGAGACGGGGAGGCACCUGCUGCAGAAGUUUCCUCAUCUUUUGUGAUCCUCUCUGUGUGCAGUUUAAUGAUAUUAAUAGUGUUAAUUGCCAACUGUGUAUCCUGCUGUAAGGACCCAGAAAUAGACUUUAAGGAAUUUGAAGAUAAUUUUGAUGAUGAGAUCGAUUUCACACCACCAGCAGAAGAUACUCCCUCAGUUCAGUCCCCAGCAGAAGUUUUCACACUUUCAGUACCAAAUAUCUCACUACCAGCUCCAUCACAGUUCCAGCCUUCUGUAGAAGGUUUGAAGUCUCAAGUUGCCCGCCACAGUCUAAACUAUAUACAGGAGAUUGGAAAUGGCUGGUUUGGAAAGGUGCUCCUUGGAGAGAUCUACACAGGCACGAGUGUAGCAAGAGUAAUAGUGAAGGAGUUAAAAGCAAAUGCAAGCCCAAAGGAACAAGAUACUUUUUUGAAAAAUGGAGAACCAUACUAUGUUCUUCAACAUCCAAACAUUCUUCAGUGUGUUGGACAGUGUGUAGAAGCAAUCCCCUAUCUUCUGGUGUUUGAGUUCUGUGACUUGGGCGAUCUGAAGGCUUACCUGCGCGGCGGCGAGCCCGAGCCGGCGCGGGGGGACGCACAGACCAUGCUGCUGCAGAGGCUGGCGUGCGAGAUCGCGGCGGGGCUGGCGGCCAUGCACAAGCGGCACUUCCUACACAGUGACUUAGCCCUGCGGAAUUGUUUUCUUACCUCGGACUUAAAUGUGAAAGUGGGAGAUUAUGGAAUAGGAUUCAGCAGGUACAAGGAGGAUUAUAUUGAAACAGAUGAUAAAAAAAUUUUCCCUCUGCGAUGGACUGCUCCAGAAUUAGUAACCAGCUUUCAAGACAGACUACUAACUGCGGAUCAAACUAAGUAUGGUAAUAUCUGGUCCCUGGGUGUGACGCUUUGGGAGCUUUUUGAGAAUGCAGCUCAGCCUUAUUCCAACCUUUCCAACUUAGAAGUUCUCAACCAGGUCAUUCGAGAGAGAGACACAAAACUCCCAAAGCCCCAGCUGGAGCAACCUUACUCCGACAGAUGGUAUGAAGUCUUACAGUUUUGCUGGUUGUCACCAGACAAGAGACCAGCGGCCGAGGACGUGCACAGACUGCUCACCUACCUGCGGAUGCAAAGCCAGAGGGACCCGGAAGUCGACUUUGAGCAGCAGUGGAACGCGCUCAAGCCAAAUGCAAACAGCAGAGACGCUGCAAGUGACGCCGCCUUCCCCAUCCUCGACCACUUCACCAGGGACCGGCUCGGUCAUGAGAUGGAGGAGGUCCUCACCGUGACGGAAACCAGCCAGGGCCUGAGCUUCGAGUACGUCUGGGAGGCAGCCAAGCACGACCACGGUGACGGGUGCGGCCGGGGCCCCCCGGACGAAGCCUUGUCCUACCCCAGCGUCUUCUUCCCCACGGAAGUCUUUGAGAGCUCUCUCUCAGAUCCCGGGCCCGGGAAGCAAGAUGACAGCGGCCAGGACGUCCCCCUGCGGGCCCCUGGAGUAGUGCCCGUUUUUGACGCCCACAACCUUUCUGUCGGAAGCGACUAUUACAUCCAAUUAGAAGAAAAGAGCCGCAGCAACGUGGAGCUGGACUACCCGCCUGCGCUGCUCACGACGGAAAUGGAUAAUCCAGGUGGGAUGGGCGACGGGGCGCCCCGGGCUCUGUCCCUCAGGAGUGUCGAGUUUGAGGAGUGCCGCGCAGAUGAGGAUGUCUUCCAGAACGCUGCAGACGCUGGAGAUGCCAGCGCACCCGAGGAUGUGCACGUUAUCAAGGGACCCGAGAGCCCUUUCAACAGCAUAUUUAGUGACCUUGACAAAUCAGAGGCUUUGCCCAGUCACCAAAAAAUAUUUGACUUCAUGGAACUAAAUGGAGUCCAAGCUGACUUUAAGCCGACCCCCUUAAGCUCAAGUUUGGAUGACCCGGAAGGGUCAGUAAUUACGCGCCACUUGGAGAAGGAAGAGCCCCGCAAGCUUUCUGACUGUGAGACUAUGUGCUCCUCAGGAAACCUCGUGCACCAGGACGGUUUUGAUCAGCUGAGUGUUGAAGAAUUGUCAGAAAACUUUUUAUUUCUUCAAGAGAAGAACUUACUGAAAGACGCCUUGUCCAACAAGGAAGAUAUAAACGAUCUUCAAACAGAACUUAGAAAUGCUGAUUUUCCUGAGACCAUAUUAGAAAGUCCGAGUAGAAACUCUCUAGAUGCAGAGCUUAAGAUUGCUGAAAAUAAACCAGGCUCUUCUUUGCUGCAGGAAAACGUCAGCGUGCAGGGUAGAGACUUGGGCGUGGCGCCCAAGGAUGGCACUUGGAAGGCGACCUCGCUGCCCUCCCCGCAGGUGCAGGUGCCUCCUACCUCUCUCGAAAGAAAGGGGCUGCCUCACAGUGUCCCUCCAGGUGUGUCCCUGAAGCAGGGCGGAGCCUGGCCCACGGGCUUGGAUGUUGGUGUCCGUGAAGACGGUGUCAGCCGGGAGGUGAACCUGGACUCUGCACCCACCCCAGUGGACACCCCCCCAACUGGCGCUGGGUCCCAAGACCCGACUCGCCACGGGGAGAGGGCCUUGAGACUGACCCAGAGUGACUCAGUUCUCGUCCACGACACUUUUGCCAGCAAGGUGAGUAUAGGGAACAGCCUUCCAGAAUCAAGGCAGAACUUACAAAAUCAACCGCCUUUGGAAGACCACCGCCGUCAAGGCCUGCCGGAGGGAGCCUUGGAGGCCGUGGAGGCCCUGAGUCAGCUGGGUUGUAAAGAUGCUGCUACAGAGGAGGUGGGCUUGGUGUCCGCCCUCUCCUCGGACUCCGCCAGUCAGGACAGCCUGCUCGAGGACAGCUUGUCGACACCCAUCCCGACUUCAGAGCAGUCCUUGGAGACCCCAGACUCCCUGGACUCGGUGGAUGUCCAUGAGGUGUCCCUGGUCUCCUUAGGCCCUCACACACCCCAGAAACUCCUGCCCCCCGAUAAGCCUGCGGACAGUGGCUACGAGACGGAGAACCUAGAGUCCCCCGAAUGGACACUGCACCCAGCCCCCGACGGCGCUGCAGCCCCUGACGUGGCCUCCGUGGGCAACGGCGUGCGCGGGGGGCCGCCUCCCAAGCCCGUCAUCAUCAUCUCAGAUGCAGCCAGUGGCCACAGAGGUGCGGAGGUGACCUCGCAGACUCCUGCCUCUGGCUGCCAGGGCUCACACCGAGACUCCGCUUACUUCUCAGACAAUGACUCUGAGCCCGAUAAGAAGCCAGAGGGGGUCCCUGGCGCCUCAGCAUCGCCCUUGGGAGUGGACCAGCCCCUGCCUGAGCCAGGCAGCCCAGAGCAGAGUCCCAGCCCCCUGGACGGCUGCCUGGAAACCAGCAGCGGCCAACCUGGCCAGAGCUGGCCCCCUGCCCCGCAGAACGUCCGUCACCUGGAGUCAAGCAGCGUGGCAGAACCAGCACCCACGGACGCUUCCAAACAGACACAGCCCCCCGAAGACGAGGCCGGCAGUCCCUCGCGUCUGCUGAACUCGGAGCUGAGCAGCGGGGAUGACCUCGAGGCCCAGGAAGAGCCCCCCUGUGUGCUGGCUUCCAUGGGGACCCACACCAAUGAACUCCUGGCGUUUGCAGCCGCCCCCCUCUGCUCUGCCAGCCCGGCGGCCCCGACAGUAGAGAAGGCCUUGUGCGGCCACUCCGAGGGCCCCAAGCUGAAGGAGCCAGACGUCGAAGGGAAGUACCUGGGGAAACUGGGCGUGUCAGGGAUGCUCGACCUUGCCGAGGACGGGAUCGACGCGGACGAGGAGGACGAAAACAGCGACGAGGAGGACGAGGGUCUGCGGGCCUUCAACCUGCACAGCCUCAGCUCCGAGUCGGAGGACGAGACGGAGCACCCGGUGCCCGUGAUCCUCAGCUGUGAGGAUGGCCGCCACCUUCGGAGCUUGUUGAAACCCUCGGCCGCCGCCACCACCGACCAGCUGCCCAACGACUGGAAGAAGGAGAAGAAGGCGGUGACGUUUUUCGAUGACGUCACAGUCUAUCUGUUUGACCAGGAGACCCCGACCAAAGAGCUGGGCCACGGCGGAGGGGAGGCACGGAGUCCAGAGCGGAGCAGCCCGGCGCGGUCGUCAGGCUACCCCUUCCUGAGCAGGUGCAUGAAUUCCGAAAGUUCCACUGAUGAAGAAGGGGGCGGCUUUGAAUGGGAUGAUGACUUCUCCCCAGACCCGUUUCUGUCAAAGACGAGUCACCUUCUCAGCUCCAAGCCUUCCCUUCAGACGUCCAAGUACUUCUCCCCGCCGCCGCCGGCCCGGAGUGUGGAGCCCAGCUGGCCGCACGCAGUGCCCUACUCCAGGUUCUCCAUCACGCCCGCCAGCAUCGCCAGCUUCUCUCUCACGCACCUCACAGACUCGGACAUCGAGCAGGGAGGAAGCAGCGAAGAUGGAGAGAAGGACUAGGUGAUGCCUCGGCACCGCGGGCCCGGGCUGCUCCCGGCGGCAGUGUCCCCGGCCGCCCAGCACUGCCCGCUCGACAGCUGCUGACCGGCGUGCGGAGCAGGACUCAGGAGGUGGGGGGGCGGCGCCACGGGAGGCCUGGCCCCGGCCUCGUCUCCUGGCUCGUCCAGCUCCUCCAGCGCCGCCCCGCCCGGGCACCCCUCCCACCGGAAGGGCCUGCACGCCUGCCCUCCUCAGGAAGCCCAGGCCUGGCCGGCGUGGGGGGCUGUCGGCUCCGGGUGGUUUCUGGGUCCCACGUGGGGUGUCUGCACGUCCGCACCUGUGCAUCCCGUCCGUGCGCAGGGCCCCGAGGACCGCGAUGGGAGUUGGCACCUGUGAGCCAUGUUUGUUAUUUUUAAAGAGAUCACGAAUCGCUUUCUGUGAUCGCACUGUGGAUAAAUGUCCAGAGAGUCUCUGGUAUUGUACAGAAUCUUAAAUUAUUCAAGGAAAAUAAGGCAGGUCAAGCUGGUGCUAUCCACUAGUUUGAUUUUUUUUUUCUUCUGUUUUAUAGUUUGCUCUGCAUGGUACUUGUAAAGCUUAAGUGCUUUGAGUGUUAUGCUGUCUUUAGAAAUUGUUGGAAUUGUACAUAUGGUACUCUUUCGUAAAUGAUAAAUGAUUCUGAAUGUUAGUGUUUUAUCUUCUUAUAGGAAAUAUUUUUGGUGAGUCCAAAAAGACUGCUCUGUUCCGUUGAUUGAAUGAAACACGUUUCUGUCUCUUCUCUGUAAGGUGGUUUUUCCCUGUUGCAGAUGAGGCUACUCUGAGGAGCUGAUGGGUCUUGCAGCCCCUCCGUGUGAUUUUCCCACCCGCCUCUCCCCCAACUUUUAAAAACCCCUUUUGGUAAAAAUCAACAGGUGGUUCCCAGAGCUUGGCUGGCUUGGAAUGUCCAGGUGCCACCAUUGUCCCCAGGGGCCAGGCAGCCUCCUCCUGGCUGGGCCCCGAGUCACUUCCCCGCAGAGCCCACUCUUCUGCCUGGUUCUUAGAAGCGCAGACAGUGGUGGCCUCGGGGCCCUUGUGUGGUCACUCCUUCCUUCAGGAGCGUAGAAGCUGCUCCACGGAGGGCCCUGGGGGCCAAGGACGGUUUGAGUUCAUUCUGUCUGUGCCCUUGAGGUGUUGAGCUUCUCACAUCCCCCAGAACCAGUCCAGACCAUGGUCCUGUCCAGGUGUGGCUGGUCUUUGUAACCAAGGAGAUACACUACAUCUCUCAGCCGUGAGGAGGGACACAGGACAACGAAGGAGCCUCCACAGCCAGCACAUCCUUCUGGUCGGGCCCCUGGGUGGCCCGAGUGGCCGUCGCCCCCGGAUGCUGCCCUGGGCUCAUCUGCACUGACCCUUCCCUUCUGCGUUAAGCCCCCAGUUCUCCCCUUGCUCUGAAAGGACCAGUGUCCAGGGCAACUUCAUGAUGUUGGUGGGAGUUGGGUGUUCGUAAUGAAACGCUGACCUCACUCUGCGGUCCUCGAGUUCUGCUUUGCCAGCAGCGGGGCAGCCAGUGCCAGGGAGGCUCACACGUGUACAGGUGGAGCCUCGGGGCUGAGUCCCCGCACGCCAGCCCCACACCCCAGGGGUUUCCGGUGCUGACACGCUUUCCCGACUCCAGCGUGAGGCUGGGAUGACCCUCCAGGUCUGGCUGGGGCUGUGGGACGUGGGUCCCGGAGACUUGGGCCCCCGAUGCAGAUGUGCACUGGCUAGAGUUUACGUAGUAAAUUGUGACCUCCCCUACCAAUUCUGGCUCGCUACCUUUUUAUACUAGCAAUAACUUUCCAGAGCAAGAAGACUCCCAGUGGCAGGAGUGCCCUUCCCCUCCCCGGGCGUGAACACAGAGCACUGCCAGAGCCGGACCCUGGGAUGGGCGUGUCGAAAACAGUUAACAGGGCAUUAGGAGGUGAUUUUGCCAAAACUGUCAUAACUCUCAAUUUCUUGCUGUGGAGACUUCCAGAGUUUUCUGAGUUUUUACAUCCAGCAGUCCUGGUUGAAAGAAAGUCGAGAGAAUUAGACUAGUUUUUUUUAAAUUAUAGGUUUAAGGAGUUCAGCUCUAAUGACUAAAAAUCAGGCAGAUGGAUAGAAUAGAUUGUCGUCUUCUACAGUCAGUCCAGGGUAAAUUUAUUGAUGUUUUGGGGCUGUACAUUUUUCACUAUAAUUAAGGAGAUUUUAACAACAUAAUUCCCAUUGUGAUUUAUUUUAAGGCCUAUAUCACUCUCAUAAUGAAUUGCCAAAAACAUUUUAUACAGGGAGCUGGUGGGUGGGGGGGGGGGGGGCGGGUUUGGAGUAGUAGGUCUUAGUGUGGUGUUGCAUGGUUGGGAAUAUUUUAUAUUUAUAAUAAAUGUGCAUUAACAUGUUCUUUUGAAAUCUCAAGCAAUACACGGGAAAUUAUGUAGAUUAAAAUUUUCAGCCCUAAUUUGAAAUGUCAGCAUGUGCUUUGUUGUUCGAUUCAGUUUCUUUUCACUCAGUUGGUUACCAGUAGUGGGUUUCCAAACCGCUCUUGUUCUAAAAAGUUACACAGUGAAAUAGCAUCAGUGGAAUUCUCUAGGUAAUGUGGGAGAGGUUUAUCAUACCUGGUUCACAACUCUAUUUCCUGGCCUCCUUUGGGAUCUGUCUUAUUUUGAUGGAGUUUACAUAUCUUAAAUCCUACAGUAAAAAUAGUCUAACCCUCAUCUCCUUCCUAGCUAGAUGUUAAUUUGUGUUAUCAAAUGACUCCGUCAUAAGCCAGAAAGAGAAAUGUAGAAAAAGUGCUCCCCCCAAAAUCCUUCUGAAACCUGGACUGUGCGUCUGGGUAAGAAGCCAUCCAUCUUAAGGGUGCAGAAGCUCCAGGAAGCUGAAUGGAGAAGGGGGCAUCUGUUCUAUUUUUAAAUGUACAGGCGAUUGUUUCUAUGGAAGUGGGUUUAUCUAAGAAAAGCCUUUGUAUGUCUUGCUGCCGUAAAACGCCUUUCAAAACCUCUUCCUUUUGUUAACACUUUCCGUAGGGUUUCUGUGGGGUUAAUGACGUACCGCACGUUUGUCCCGAGGGCCUGGGCGCAAGGGAGGCAACUUCUGGUCUUACUCUACUCAGCCUGUCAUCUGAAAAUUCCAGAAGCGAACCAAGCGUGAGGCUGCAGAUGCUAGGCCCCAGUUACAAGGGGCUUCCAGAUAAUCAGCCUUAUGAGAAGUAGCCUUAAAAUAAGAAUGGGUAUACACAGUUACUUCAGGUGUAAAUCUCAAAAACAACGUCCCUAAGUAGUAAUGGGGUUGGCUCAAGUUUUGGCUAUCAAAAAGGAAAACUCUCUUUAGUAUAUGAAUAAAUUCUUAAAAGAUGUGUUGACAGUAUUGAAUCAGCAACAAUCUGUUAUUUGAGUGGCUGGAACAUGGUUAAGUUCAAGUUGGCACAGGCGUAGUUAGACCUUCAUAACAGACCGCUCUGACUGUCCCCUGCUUCAUUCCAGCUGCGGAUGAGGACCCAUGGGACCAUCCCACCUCUGAGGUUUCCCUGGUUGCGCUUACACACGGUCGUAAGAGGUUCACGGCAAUAUAACAGUUAACGAACUUUUGGUUUAAAUUGUGUACAUUUUUAAAUUGUAAGAUUUUUACUGUACAUUGAUGCAUAGUGUGAUUCAAUAAAUUGCUUGUAAUUUAAAAACUAU